AAACCUGCAAACCCAAUGGAUUUUGAUGCAAUUAUUAAAGAGCAGGUCUUGCUCGCAAAACAAAAGAAGGAGAGACUACAGAGAGAUGCGAUAGCUAACGCAGAAACGACCAACCCUACCACGAACAUAGAAUCUCCUACAGAAUCUCCUACAGAAUCUCCUACAGAAUCUCCUAUAGAGAAUUCAAAAAAAAGACCCAAACUAGCCGCUGCUGACAUUCCGAUCAAUCCCAACGAUCUCAUGACCGUUUUAGAAGGUGACAUCGAUGAUAGAUUGCAGAAAUUGAGAGUGGACCCUUCUUCGCUUCCAAUCAGCCUGAAAUACGAAAAGCUAGUUUACUUGAACAAACUUGAGGAGAGAAUUCGCCUAACGGAAGCGGUCGAGUCUCAGUCCUUAAAGGAACAAGAGGUGAUUCCCGCCGACGGUAGAGUUGCUGAAGCCAUCACGGAUAAUGAUGUUCGGAGUUUCGAGUCCUGGGUGAAGCAUAAGAGUGCUAAAAACGCACUGCCUAGUACAGAAACUACCAUCAGCUCUCAGAAAGCAACAGAACUAUCCUCAAGACUCUGCCUUUUGGCCAGGAUAUACUUCAAGCAAAUGUUAGGAAGGAUGCAGAGCCCCGCAGGUACAGAAACGUCAACGAUUACUGAAGUGAAAAAGCAACUAGUUCCCUUAUUUUACAUCCUUCGGAUGCGUACAAUUUCCCCUGAAAAGCUUUUGAUCCUCCUGAAAAUUAUUCAAUGUCUUGACGAAAAGAACAUGAACCAGGCGAAUCAACAGUACAUGGCUCUUUCUAUUGGUAACAAACGUUGGCCCUUGGGGGUGGGAAGUGUAGGCAUUCAUUCCAGAUCCAACGAUUACAAGUUGUACGACGAUGAAGGGAAGAUGGACGGCGGAUUGGAUGAGGCGAUGGAACGUGGGUGGAUCUGGGGCGUUAAAAGGGUGAUUAAUUAUGUUGAGUCGACUAUAUAGUAUCCCUGAACUGGCGUUGACGCUUCAAAGUAUGCUUUACCAUGAAAUACUUUGGGCGUAAUACUAGCUAUUUCCUAGCUGGUGCAGCAUAUACGCUGAAAUGUACCAUACUGGGAAGUUUCGGAAAGCGGGGUCACUACAGGAAAGCGUAGCACUCCAGCUCUAUGCUGGGAAAACAUUAGCAUUGUCACUUUUAGCAUAAAAGAUUUACUUGCAAACAAUUGAAGGUGGAGCCUCAGCUGAUGCACGGAAAGCACCCCGACAUUAAAGAGAUAAUUAAGUUUAACAUUGGGAAUUAGUUCCAGAAAAAAUAUAUACCACAAUCCGGGAUUGGAUGUUUCUACACCGCUA